AUCUAUUUAACCAUUCCAUCCCUCCCAAAAUCCAACCUUCGCCGGCCCCCCUUCUUCUUCCUCCUCCAAACUUCUCCCCCCUCUUCUUCACAGUGUACGAAACCAUGGCGAAGAAAAAGCAGAGUAGCUCUGCUUCAAACGAAGAGAGCAAAGGAAGUAGCAGAGAAAGCAACAAUGGCGUGGAGAAGUUGAGGAAGAGCAGGAAAAGCGUGCCCAGAGACUUUCCCUCCCAGAGAAGCUCCGUUUAUCGCGGUGUAACCAGGCACAGGUGGACUGGCAGAUAUGAGGCUCAUCUCUGGGAUAAGAAUUGCUGGAAUGAAUCGCAAAAUAAGAAAGGAAGGCAAGUUUAUCUCGGAGCAUAUGAUGAAGAAGAAGCUGCAGCCCGAGCUUAUGAUUUGGCUGCAUUGAAGUAUUGGGGCCACGACACCACCCUGAAUUUUCCUCUAUCAAACUAUGAAGAAGAGGUGAAAGACAUGGAUGGGCUGUCCAAGGAAGAGUAUAUUGGCACUUUAAGAAGGAAAAGUAGCGGAUUCUCAAGAGGAGUAUCUAAAUACAGAGGAGUGGCAAGACAUCAUCAUAAUGGAAGAUGGGAAGCUCGAAUUGGUCGCGUAUUUGGCAACAAAUAUUUGUAUCUUGGAACAUACGCCACACAAGAAGAGGCUGCAAUUGCUUAUGACAAAGCAGCCAUUGAAUAUCGUGGUCUCAACGCAGUCACCAAUUUCAAACUCAGCCACUACAUAAAAUGUAUUCCUCCCAACUCUGAAAACAACAUGGAUAAAACAAUUCAUGAACAACAGAAUGAAGCUGAAUCAUCCUUGCCGGCCAUUAAUCUCCUGCUUCAAUCAUCGAAGUUGAAGGAGAUGUUCGAGAGAAGAACGAUGACGGCCGAGCUGCCAUCUUCUUCGCCAGAAUGUUCGGAUGGCAGACAGUCGUCUCGAUGCAGCUUUCCGGAAGAUAUUCAGACUUACUUUGAGUGCAAUGACAAUGGAAGUUUUGUUGAGGGAGAUGGCACAAUAUUUGGAGAGAUUAAUGCAUUUGGAGCUCCCAUUUUUCCAUGUGGGCUUGACUUAUGAUCCUUGGUAUCUUUAUUAUUU